CAUACUUCGAAACCAGGAUUCGUCACUUAAGCAGUGGACCGGAUUUCUGCAGGAUAAGAUAGGUAAAGUGGAAGGAGGAGGAGGAGGAGAGGAUGAAUGAUCGGCAUACCUACCGAGCUAUAUUACUAUUCAGUAUGCAAGUAAGUCAAGUACUAUACUUCAACUACGAAUUACCUUAGUUGUUAGCAUUAAGAAAAGACUGGUCGGACAGUCAACGUCCUGGUGGUAUGAUGUCUGCCUGUCAUGCACACACUGGUCUAGAUUCUAGAUUCUUUUGGGAGAAAUGGUGGGGAAAUUAUUCCUACACGUCCUGCGCAAUACAGAGGGGGGACAUACAUAUAUACACAUAUAUACAUACAUCUACUACUAAAGGGUCCAAUGAGACUCACGGGUUCAGGUUCAGCUGUGAGAUAGGACACCUCCCAGUCCACCUAAUCGGCGACGUCUUGACGAUCUCAUCCCUCCCUGCACUCGAGAUGAAUACUAACAUGUUGUUGACAGUGGCAUUCCUGGACCCCCAAUAUGCCCUACACCUCCCCCACCCCCCACUGAAUCAUGUUUCAACCAUCAAGCAAGCAAGCAAGCAACUAUGCUCCAUCCCCAAUCAAGUCCCACCUACUGUACUAUUCCAUGCGUACAUCCAAAACAGGCAAUGCACCAAGUCCACAGGGCACUGCAGAGAACAGUCGAAUGAUCCAUCACCACGACAUAUGCUUUACAGCCAGCUCAAUCGGGUCGUUCCCCGUAGCAUGCACCCAGCAAAACCCCCGCUGGCAGCGAAGUAGCAAAACAUCGACUUAAUUUAUAUUCCUGAGCUGCGCAGAGUCUCUCCUCCCCGCUCCCCUCACCAUCAACUGGUUCCAGAGCUGUUGACUAUAUAGGGUGAAUCUCGGUUCAAUGGCUACCUG